UGUGACCAGUCACGUCCGCGUGAGAUAUUCCCUUUAAUUUCUAAAUGGUCACACUAGACGCCAAAAAUAUUAAAAGCUCACACACCGCAAAGCAGCGGAAAAGUACUUAGUAUUACAACCAGGAAGCACUGAUAACACCGGGACCUUGGCACCUGUUACAUAAGUAGAAGCGACGCCAUGGCUAACAAAGUAUUGCGAAAAGUGACGCACUGCAUCUUCGAUAUGGAUGGCCUGCUGCUGGACACGGAGCGGAUAUACGAGGAGGUUUAUAGGCAAAUAGCCGCAUCCUUUGGCCGUCCGUUCCCAGAGGUUGUGCGGUUUCAAGUCAUGGGCACCACGGAGCAGCGCUCUGCGGAGAUAACCAUAUCCGAGUGCCAGCUGCCCAUCACACAAUCGGACUUCCUCAAGCGAUACACAAAGAUGUGCCACGACCGGCUCAACCAUGUUCCUCUCCUGGAAGGAGCUGAACGCCUGCUCCGCCACUUGCAUGCAAACAAGGUGCCUUUCGCUCUGGCCACCAGCUCCGGUGCCGACAUGGUGGAACUAAAAACCACUGAUCACAAGGAACUGUUCAGUCUGUUCAACCAUAAAGUUUGUGGCUCUACCGACAAGGAAGUAGCCAACGGAAAGCCGGCCCCUGAUAUCUUUCUCGUGGCCGCUGGUAGGUUCCAAAUUCCAGCAGAUGCCAGCAAUUGUCUGGUUUUCGAGGAUUCGCCAAACGGCGUGACGGCAGCCAACAGCGCGGGAAUGCAGGUGGUUAUGGUGCCGGACGAGCGACUGUCCCCGGAAAAGAGCUCCCACGCCACCCAGGUGCUGCGCUCUCUCGAGGACUUCAAGCCGGAGCAGUUUGGACUACCCCCUUUCCAAAACUGAGCUUAGUACCUUAAAACUAUUGGAGUGUUUUUAAAAGCAAACUAUUGGAGCCAGGCGACGCUAAUAUUGAAAAUUCAUGUACCUAUUGAGAGAUAGUAGGAGUAAAGUUACCGGAUGUUUGUGCGGAUGGUA